AGUGAGUCACAAGCACAUGAGUUGUAAGAGGUUGAACUUGAGAGACCAGAUCAGGCAAUGCUGCUUAAUACCAUCACAUGAUCCACCCCAGGCCCUGUAUUUAAUUAAAAUGAAGAGUGGGGCUCAGCAGCGGCCAGAAGAACACAGUUAGUCUUAGCGGGUGGGACCAGAGGAGUUAAAAGUUAAACCUUUUACAUCUUACAUCUGUGAGAAUUCAGCAUGGGACGGCUCUGCUAUUUCCUGGGAUUUAUGCUUCUGGCUAUAAGAUUGCCACAAGAUGCCGCCAAACAAUUUCAUGAUGCACUGGGCACUCAAAGAGUUCCUGGUUAUGUGAGGGAGCACAACCAUUUACAUGGCUGGUCUUCUGAUGAAAAUGAGUGGAAUGAAAAACUCUAUCCGGUGUGGAGAAGGGGAGAUGAGAGGUGGAAAAACUCCUGGAAAGGAGGCCGUGUGCAGGCCGUCCUGACCAGUGACUCACCGGCGCUGGUGGGCUCAAAUAUAACGUUUGUGGUGAACCUGGUGUUCCCCAGAUGCCAAAAGGAAGAUGCCAAUGGCAACAUAGUCUAUGAGAAGAACUGCAGAAGUGAUACCGAUUUAUCUACUGACCUGUAUGUUUACAACUGGACAACAUGGUCAAGGGACAGUGACUGGGAAAACGGCAGCUGGCAGAGCCGCCAUCAUGUGUUCCCUGACGGGAGGCCUUUUCCUCAGCACCCCGGAUGGAAGAAAUGGAAUUUUGUCUAUGUCUUCCACACACUUGGUCAGUAUUUCCAGAAAUUGGGACGGUGUUCAGUAAGAGUUUCUUUAAACACAACCAAUGUGACUCUUGGCCCUCAACUCAUGCAAAUAACUGUCUACAGAAGACACAGAUUGACAUAUAUUCCUAUCGCACAAGUCAAAGAUGUGUACGUGGUGACAGAUCAGAUUCCUAUCUUCGUGACUAUGUCUCAGAAGAACAAUCGAAAUUCAUCUGAUGAAACCUUCCUCAAAGACCUCCCCAUUAAGUUCAAUGUCCUGGUUCAUGAUCCUAGCCACUUCCUCAAUGAGUCUGCCAUUAACUAUAAGUGGAACUUCGGGGAUAACACUGGCCUGUUUGUUUCCAACAAUCAUUCUUUGAAUCACACGUAUGUGCUGAAUGGAACCUUUAACCUUAAUCUCACUGUGCGAGCUGCAGUGCCCGGACCUUGUCCAACACCGUCACCUACACCUCCAAAACCCACCUCCUCUUUAGCAACUACUCUAAAGUCUUAUUCAAACACUCCAGUACCUACUAGUGAUGACUCCCUGGAGCUGAGUGAGCUUCUUGAUGAAAACUGCCUGAUUAACAGAUACGGCUACUUCAAAGCCACCAUCACAAUUGUGGAGGGAAUUCUGGAGGUUAACAUCAUCCAGGUGACAGAAGUCCUGAUGCCCAUGCCACAGCCUGAUAACUCCCUAAUCGACUUCGUUGUGACCUGCCAAGGGACCAUUCCCACAGAGAUCUGCACCAUCAUUUCUGACCCCACCUGCAAGAUCGCCCAGCAUGCAGCCUGUGGCCCUGUGCACAUGGGUGACACAUGCCUGCUGACUGUGAGAAGAACCUUCAACAGGUCUGGGACCUACUGUGUGACCCUCACUCUGAGUGAUGACGAAAGUCAGGCCCUCACAAGCACCCUGGUCUCUGUUCCUGGCAGAGAUCCAGCCACCCCUCUAACAAUGGCAAAUGGUGCCCUGCUCUCCGUUGGCUGCUUGGCGGUAUUUGUCUCUCUGGUCACCCUCUUGGUGUACAAAAAACACAAGGAAUACAAGCCAAUAGAAAAUAGUCCUGGGAAUGUGAUCAAAAGCAAAGGCCUGAAUGUCUUCCUCAACCAUGCCAAGGUGGUGCUCUUCCCCGGACACCAGGAGAAGGAUCCACUGCUCAAGAACCAACCAGGAAUUCUUUAAAUGUCAGCCUUAUUUUUGAAGCUUACUCUUCAGUGCCAUUUAUGUGAGCUGUACUGUAGUGGAUGACUAUUAACUUUUUUUUCCCAAAAAGAAUAUUGUAAUAUAGAUAUUGUGGUUUAGAGAGGUUGAAUUUUUUUUAUAGAUUAAAUGACAUUUUAGAGAAAUGCAGAGGGAUGGUGCUACAGGCAGCCUUAGCCCUGUUGUACAACCAAUAGAACAACUUAGCAGUGCUUCCUUUCAUUAUUUUCUAUGUUUUAUUGUCUUAGGUGACUAGUAGGAUAGACAUAACAUGUCCCAGAGUAGGGGGAAAAGCUACUGUUCAUUUAAGUCUGACCCAGGUUCCCUGGAAGGAGAGGCUGAAUACUUUCUAGCUUACGGUACAACCACAUGCAUAAAACCAUUGUAGCCCUGUCCUUAAAAUCCUGUUCUGAGCUCACUGACCCCUUUUUUAAUGAACAUGCGUGAGCUCCUGACAGAACAAUAAUAGACCCAAGCCUUUAGUAAUAUAUGCAUGCUUGUCAUACUUAGAUAAAUUAUUAAUCUAAUAAAUGAAUGUCAGUAUUUCACAGUGACAACCUGCUUUGUUCAGCUAAGUGAAGGAAUAGUAUUCAUUCAUUCAUUUACUCUGUGGACAUUUAUUUAGCCUUUCUGCACUCAGAAAGGACACUUUUACGUUUAUAUUUGAACUGUACACUCAAAUUUCACAUAUUUGAAAUCAUACAUUGUGAUUUUCCAAUCGGUUUUCCAAACCGAUUUUCCUACCAGUUUCCUCUUAUUUAAAUGAUAGGGAAACUUGAUCCUUAAAAAGUAAGGAUUUUACCACCAUUUGCAACUAAGACCAUCUACUGUAGGUUAGACAUAAUGUUCUUGUUCUCUCCUUCCUGAAAAAUAAACUGUGGGAAGAGACAAUAUUUCAAUAUUUUAAUUAUUUUUUCCAAUUUGCCAUUUGUCUUUCAGUUUCACUUAUUGUUUCUGACAGGUAAAAAGUUGUUUAAUGACACCUUGUAGAGCUUUGAUUAUUUCAUAAAUACUUUCUACUUUAAAACAUAUGUAAACAGCAUAUGAAACUUCAUUUUAAAUUUUAAAUAAAUAAAUGUAAAU